AUGUCACUCAACCCCAUUACCAAAACCAACAACAACAAUCAGAAGUCCAAGUCUAAGGGCAAAGCAGUGGACAAAGGUCCCGCCCAGAGAGCUCUCCAGGAUGACAAUGCCUCUCAAAAAGAUGAUGGCAACACCACUGAUGAUCAUGAGGGUGAUGUUAACAUGGAUGAAGCCUCGGACAAGGAUGAUGGCAAUGCCAUAGAAGAAGAAGAGAAAGAAGAUGACAGCGGCAAGAGCCCUGAGAAAGAAAAAGAUAGGGGUAAAAGCCCUGAGAAAGAUGAAGGCAGUGGAUCAAAGCCCUCCAAAGACCCUGAUAGUCUCUCUGAAUUUGAGAUUGGAGAUUCCUUUAUGGAUUUAGACGAUGAUGAUCAUUACAUGAUUAAGACUGAAGAGGAGCUUGAGGCUAUACUCGCUCAUGGCAAGCGCAUCACCAAAGGAAUGCUUGGCAGGGGUAAUCCCGUAGCCGUGUCCUUAGCAUACUGUAGACAAGAAGUUGCUCGAUGCGAAGAUGAGAUUGAAGAAGGUAUCACUACUCUCACGCUUGCCGAAGUAGAACAAAUCAACAAGGAAAAAGAAGACUUUGAAAGAAGAAUAGACAUUCUGAUGAAAAGCAGCAAGAAAGCAUCCUCUGAUGCGGAGAAGGCAAAGACGCCAUCUCUUGGUUCCAUCGUUAAGAAUGUCACCGCUUUUCUCGCUGGUAUGCCUCCCUUGCAAGUAAAAGGUGAUGGUCAAGCGAAGCACAAAACCAAGAUGCCUAAAUUUACCACCAUUGAUUUAUUCUAUGAUGAAUUUGAGAUGUAUUUGGAGUGCCAUGAUGUCCCUGUGGAAGACCAUUGGGAAAUUAUCGAUGUGAAUAACGUUGAAACUUAUGAGCAGCUCAAGGAAGUGCUUUUGCCUUUCUAUACCAGUGAGUACGAAGAACUCUAUCACUUGUUGCACAUUAGAUACCUGACGCAGAAGAAAUUGCAAUUGGAUUUGCGCAACUUUGCCAUCCAUUUACAGCAAUACGCUAGACAGCACCACAUUGACGACGACAAGACGUUGUUGCUUGACUUCCUUAGAAACAUUGAGGUUAAGUACCGUAAGGCAUGCUGGGAUGCUGUCAUGGACCAUCGCAAAAAGCACAAGAUGUGGCCCAACAUGUUGGAUAUGAUUUGUCAUGCUAGCGAGAUUCAAGAUGCCCUUCGUAUGUCAAAGACCACAGACCGUAGCAAAUCGUGGAACUCUCUUGGGGAAUACCCUCAUGGAAGCGACGAUGAAGAUGAAGCUCAGGCCACGGAUGAAGAAUCUGAAGUCGAAAGAGCACCCUCCAAGAAACGCAAACGUACAAGACGUUCUCAAAAACCCAAGAAGACUACUCCUAGUGGCCAAAAGCCUAAGGAUAAGCAAGACAAUCAUACUUGCAAACUACAUGGAGCGGUUGGUCAUUCCACGGAUGAUUGUAUUACGAUCAAGAAGGCCAAGAAGCGUUUUGAGAAUCCUUGUCAUUUUUGCUAUGCUGAUGAGUAUGUAAAGGGUAAACACUUUUGCACUCAAAUGGCCAAGCACAAUGAGGAGAAAGACGCUGAACGCAACCAGUACCAAGCCAAAUUCAUCCAACUCAAGCGUCAAAACCUUUUGCGCAGUAUCGAUGACCACGAGCUCAUGAACACACCUUCCAAGAAUGAUAAAAAGCAAUGUAAGAAAGAAACUAUAUAUGUCAGAGGUUUGGCAAAAGAAAAUGCUGACCAGUCCAUCUUAUUGCCUAUUGUUGUGCAGGAUAUAGAAACUAUGGCUCUCUUAGACACUGGCUGUAGUCACUCGCUUGUCGAUAAAGCAUUCGCUAAAGCAAAUAAAUUUCACAUUACUCCCACAACAGGCUCAUUCACUUUAGCCGUUGAUGGUAUGACUGCACAAAGAACUGGUUCCAUCCAAAACGUGAAGGUCACUUAUGGCGAUCGAAAGUUUGAGCAUACAUUUGAGCUUAUUGAUCUGCCUGAUCCAAAGGUGCCGAUCUAUGCAGGCAUGGAUAUUCUUUCAAAGAUGGGUAUCGGCAUCACUGGUUUGAAUAGUGCGUGGCCAAGCAUCAUCGCUCCUAGCGAGGUCGAUAGUACUGUUGUUGAUCCACAGAAAGAAGAGCCCAACAACUCCCCUGCUGGCACGGACGCCGAAAGAAAAAUUUUCUUUGAUAGAAUUGAACCACUCAUCAUUAAGAACAAGCAAAUUCCGACCACAUCGUUUUGCACGCUGCCUGAAUCGGUAGUGAGACUGGAUACCGGGGAUGCACCACCUGUGCAUAAACGGCAAUACCCCAUUGCUGUUGCUAUGCAACCCAUUUUACAAGAAACCAUAGAUCGUUGGCUACACGAUGGUACCAUCGAAGAAGCCCCUGCAGACUCCAAAUGGAAUUCGCCAUUGACCUUCGCUCCCAAGAAGGAUGCAUAUGGCAAGUAUACUGGCAAACGUCCUUGCCUUGAUCCAAGAGGCAUCAAUAACUUGAUUCAAGAUGAUACACAUCCUUUGCCUUUGAUAUGUGACAUUUUCAAUAGCUUAGAUGGAGCACAAGUCUUUACCACUCUCGACUUAAAAAGUGCCUUCCACAGAUUUGAGAUUCACCCCGAUGAUCGGCACAAGACCACCUUUACAGUGGGUCGACAACGCUACAUGUUUCGAGGUUGUCCUUUUGGUUUAAAACCUAUCUCAUCAAAAUUUCAGAGGGUUAUGGAUAUCAUUUUCAAGCCCAUGGAAGCCUUCGUUUUGUGUUUCGUUGACGACAUCGUGAUCUUCUCUAAGAAUAUGGAACACCAUGUUGAACACGUUGCACGUGCUAUUCAAGCACUCACAAAGGUGAAUCUUAUUCUGAACGCUGAGAAGUGUCAUUUUGCACAGCAAUCUGUGUACCUUUUGGGCUUUUGUGUUUCUGCUGCAGGACGUUCACUUGAUCCUCGCAAGCUCACAAACAUCCAGAAUUGGCCCAUUCCUCAAACGGGCAAAGAUAUACAACGUUUCCUUGGAGUCAUCAAUUACUUCAGAGAGCACAUACCCAAUGUAUCCACCAUAACCGCACCACUCGAUGAGUUGCGUAAUCAAGAUAAACUUCAUUCUUUGUGGACUGACUGCCAUACGGAUGCGUUUAAUGCAUUGCAAAACAUCUUGACAAGCACGCCUAUAUUGCGUUAUCCUAAUUUGGAUCACCCUUUCUCGGUUGCCACGGAUGCAUCGAACGUGGGUAUUGGUGCAGUGCUAUACCAAGUCAUUGAUGGUGAGACGCGCCAUAUUUCUUUCAUGGCACGCUCCUUAUCUAAAUCUCAGCGCAACUAUUCUACAACCAAACGUGAACUCCUUGCAGUGGUAUACGCCUUAGAGAAAUUCCAUACAUAUUUAUGGGGCAACAAAUUUACCCUCUACACCGAUCAUCGUGCCCUUACAUAUUUGCACACGCAACGUGUUGCUAAUUCCAUGAUGGUUGGAUGGCUUGAUUCUAUUCUCUCAUACAACUUUGAGGUUGUGCACUUGCACGGCUUAGACAAUAUCUUACCAGAUCAACUUUCUCGCCUUUUUCCUACGGCAAAAGAGCUGGAGGGGGGCAAUGACGGUGAUAUUGCUAUCCGUGCUGUAGAUGCCAAUCAAAGCACAAGCCAAGAGGUAGACCUCGAUCAGAUGUUUGAACCUCCAGAAGAAGAAAGAAAGCAAUUGCUCAUCCAAUACCACCUCUUUGGUCAUUUUGGUGCAAAAGCAAUUGUCAAAGCAUUACACGCGGAUGUCAUGGUUGACAUAUGCACCAGAUAUUGUGUGCUGCGACCUAUUCCCAACAAGCAAUCAGACACCAUUGUGAAAGCUUUGAUCCAGGUCUUUGGUGACUAUGGAUUCCCCAGAUACUUACAAUCCGAUAAUGGCACCGAAUUUGUCAAUCAGCUUGUUAAAAAGCUAUCAGAGGCAACUGGUUUCGAUCAUAGAUUGGUAACGCCGUAUCAUCCAAGAGCUAACGGUGUAGCCGAGCGCUGGGUACAGACAUCAGUGAAAACCUUGAGGAAACUCAUAAAAGGUGCUGUCAAGGAUUGGGACAUGUUCGUUCCAGCCAUGCAACUAUCCAUAAAUGCAAAGUUCUCUGAGAGGCACGAGUCAGCACCAUAUACACUGAUGUUCGCAAGAAAGAUGAAUACCUUCGAUGAUUAUCGAAGCGAAGAGGAUUUCAGACCGAUGACCAAUGAAGAAUUGCAAGAUAGAUUGGAUACAAUGGAAAAAGUCGUAUUCCCUGCAAUCAACAAGAAAGUGUUAGCAGUGCUUGAUGCUCAAAAGAAGAGCUUUGAUAAGAAGCACGUUCUCGUUGAUUUUCCAGUGAACAGCGAAGUUGUCAUUGUCGUACCAAAAGCUGAAAGAUCCAAGCUUGAUACACCACAUGAUGGCCCGUUUCGAGUUGCUAUGAAGACUAAAGGUGGAUCCUAUGAGCUGAUGGAUAGUAAAGGUAACAUCCUUGAACGCAACUAUGCACCAUCACAACUCAAGCUCAUCUCCCAAGACUAUGACUUACCAUGUGAUGACAUGUACACCGUGGAUCGCAUUAUGGAGCACAAGAAGGUCCCUCCUGAAUCGUCGUUCACCAAUGUACAGAGCAUUCACGAUUACUGGAAGAGCAUUGAGCAGGAACCUGAACAGAAGUUGAAAGAAAAGGGUACGAACAAAACAAAGAAAACCAAGAGGGGUAACAAACGUCCUCAAAGCCAAAAUAGCGUGGCUGGUCAAAAUCAAUCUCGGAAGCGGAAGCAACAGCCUCCGAUGCCAUCCAUGCGCAAAUCUCCACGAUUCCAAUAA